UCAGCAUAUCCUUUAACCACCUGGUUGAUGAACCCAUUUCGAGACAAUGGUCGCCAUUUAGAAAAAGAACGACGCUACAACUUCCUCCACUCUUCUACAAGGAUGGCCAUCGAGCGAGCAUUUGCUUUGUUAAAAGGUCGUUUCAGACGUCUCAAGUAUGUUGACAUGGUCAGAGUAGAGGACUUUUCAGAAUUCGUAAUGGCUGCAUGUGUAUUGCACAACAUUUGCCUAGCUAGUAGUGACGAGCAGGUUGAAGACAUGAUUCAGGAAGGUCAAGAUGACAGUUGUUCAGAUCUUCCUGAUGUAGAUGACAUAGCAAGUGAUGGUCAUAGAAGGAAUGAAGCCACUCUCAAGCGCAAGAACAUCAUGGAACACUUGUGGGCAGAUAAGCAUUUACGAUUCUCUUGACUGAACAUAACAGAAUAGUUGCACACAAACAUAUCUCUUUCUGUUGUACUAGUUACUUAUUACAGACAGAUUUUAGAACAUCAAUCAAGCCAGAGAAAGCUUCCAUUUUUCUCGGUGCAUCCGCUCAAG